CAGGACUGGCAGGGUGCGGUCUCCAGUGGCAGCAGAUCGUUUUGGAUCACUCAAAUCCCUUCAAUUCAACUGGAAAGCUGCAGCUCGUUGCACGCCGGCUGCAUGUGCAGAGAAGAGGCUUUCGAUCCGGGGGAAGAGCACCGAAGCAGACAGCGGGAGAACGUGACUGAGAGUUCCCAGAGCAAAAAGAAAGAGAGGAGAGAGAAACCACAACACUGCAACUCGGAUAUCAGUAACCGCGCUCCCUCCCUCUCUCUCUCACUCUCUCACCCACCAAAUCGACUUUGAACCUGUUUGUUUAAAUACACGGACUUUACAGCCUGCACAAUUCCUGUUGAUUCUGCAAGGCGGAGGGAGCGAAGUUUCUCAAUUUGGGUCCUUUUUUUUCUUCUUCUUCUUCUUCUUCCUCUGCUAAACAAACUUUUCGGUGUCCUCAUGGUGCCUGGAGGUGCCGCGCUGAGUUCCUUCUUUUUAUCCGACGUGAUAUCGUGAACUCUCACGGGCGAUGGAGUCGGGAACUGAGCCGGAGAGGAACUGAAGACACCUCUACCCCCCCUCGGGAAGAGUCGCUCUCUCCCGCCCACCCCCUUCUUUGCGGGGCGAUGCGGAUCCCCUUCCACCUUCCCACCGCCUCCCUGUGUGCCACGGUCCUCCUCCUCCUCCUCGCACCUGCCUCGGAGGGCUGCGGGCCGGGGAGGGGGUACGGCAAGAGGCGGCUCCCGAAGAAGCUCAUCCCGCUGGCCUACAAACACUUUAGCCCCAACGUCGCCGAGAAGACCCUCGGAGCCAGCGGGAGACCCGAGGGCAAAAUAACGCGCAUCUCCGAGCGCUUCAAAGAGCUCACACCGAAUUACAACACGGAUAUCAUCUUCAAAGAUGAGGAGGACACGGGCGCCGACAGGCUCAUGACCCAGCGUUGUAAAGACAAGUUAAACUCUCUGGCCAUCUCAGUGAUGAACAUGUGGCCCGGUGUGAAGCUGAGAGUGACCGAGGGCUGGGAUGAGGAUGGUCAUCACUCGGACGACUCGCUGCACUACGAAGGACGUGCUGUUGACAUCACCACCUCUGACAGGGACAGAAAUAAGUACGCCAUGUUGGCCCGGCUGGCCGUAGAAGCUGGAUUCGACUGGGUCUACUACGAGUCCAAAGCCCACAUUCAUUGCAGCGUCAAGUCAGAACAUUCCGUGGCAGCCAAAACCGGCGGUUGCUUCCCUGGCGAUGCCCAGGUCAUCCUCAGCAGCGGGGUUACCAAACUGAUGCGAGACCUUCACCCCGGCGACCGCGUCUUGGCCUCUUCAACGUCAGAUGGUCUCGGCCCUCUUAUCUACAGCCCGGUCUCGUCUUUUCUGGACUACCAGCCCAACGUCACAAAGACCUUCUGGAGCAUUGGCACCAGCACAGGACUUAAUAUCACUCUUACGGCCGCUCACCUGAUCUUUGUCACGGACUGCGCCGGUGGGCCGAGUGAGCCAACGACCGGAGAGGCAGCCGACGACGCGCUUUUGGGCAAAGCGGGUCCGAGGACAGUUUUCGCCAGUGAGGUCCGGCCGGGGCAGUGUGUGCUCACGUCACAAGGGAAAGCCGGGUCGCGGGCAUCGCUUUCGGUCGUGACCUUUGUAGAAGAACAUGGGAGCACUGGGUUGUACGCCCCACUAACUCACCACGGGUCCAUAGUGGUGAACGGCGUGCUGGCCUCCUGCUAUGCCGCUGUGGACGAUCACCAUUUGGCCCACUGGGUCCUGACCCCGCUCAGGUUCUUCUACAGCCUGAUGGGACCUUCAGAACCGCAGACCCACGGCCUGCACUGGUACCCUCGGCUUCUACAAAGGCUGGGGAAAACACUGUUGGGCGCUGGACACUUCCACCCGUGGGGGACAGAGACGGGACACAGAUAGGCCCCACAGAGGCAUGUUUCACACUGAUAACUUGAUUCGCUUACCUGUAUUCAGGAGCAACCUAAGCACAGAUUGAGGGACAACCAAAGACAAUUGAUUUUGUAGUGGAAAUGCGUUUUCACCAUGAUUGCUGGUAUUUUUGUACUUCCUUUGAAUUCCUUUUUGUAGUUUGUGUACGACAAAUAGAAGAGACUGGGAAGAUUAGUCUGACGGUGUUUAUUUAAUUCCAGAAUAUUUGGUGGUAUGGGAAGUGAAUCAAACACAGCUCUGAUAGAAUAGAACAUCAAAAAUAUAUAUGGACUUACAGUAAGUAUCUCACACGUUUAAUUAAAGAGAUGAAUAUCUAUGCCAAUUUAUUUAUGUUCCACUGAUGUGAUUGGAACAAAAAAAGCUUUAAUAUAACGUAGUGAAAUUAGGCAGUAAAGAUAACCAAGUUGAAUUAUUCCUUUGAACUCUAUUCACUAAACUGUGUGAACAUAGUGCAGCUUGACAUCACAAUUUACUGAUACGGUUGGGGGAAACUUGUGAGGACACUUUUUGUAACACAUUUUGGGACCAUUAGUCUCCAGAGAAAAUAUUAAGGUGAACAAAUGAAGGAAACACUUUUGAAGGAAAGAAGAAAAAGGGAUAAGAUGAAGAAAACUGGUGACUGCAUGAUGUAAAGCUCCAUGUUCAUAAGUAUUUAUACAGUUAAGGAAUGUCAAAAAAAAGGAAAGGAAGACAACAAAUUCACUUUACUGUCACAGAGUCAUCACUGAAGUAAAUCCAUCGAUUUCUGACUCUUAUAUAAUAGAGCCUGAAUUUUAGAAUGCAUUUACUGAAAAAUAUGAAUUAAUAUGAUACCUAAGGAUGACGUUCUGUAAAUUAAAUACAAUGUUGUGGCAAUAGGACUUCACAUCUGGGGCUUUGUUGGAUAAGUAUUGAAAGGCAGGGAAGGAUGAUGGACACUGUGUAUACUAAAGUAUUGAUAUGAAAUAGGUGCAUGGAGGUAUAACCCGUCAAUGUGGUUCUCCAAGUUAAUCACAUGCUUUCUUUCAGUCACUGAUAUAUGGUUUAUACAUCUUCAUAUUUGUCUUUUUAUCAGCAAUUCCUUUUAAAAGAUGUUUGUUUGUGACAUGUUUUCUUUGUUUCAGGUUUUCAAUUUUCAGGUCAGUAGUAUCUAGAAAAGGUAUACACAACACUCAGGCUGUACUCAACUACUGUAUUAAGCAACAGCUAUGGAUCAUAUUAAAUAACUAUUUAAUAUUAAAUAGUAAGUUACUUGAUAGCUCUCCUUUGUAUGGUAUUUUUUUGUAUUCAUUUUUUCACCCAAGACAUAAGACCUACAUGGGCUGCUGUACAGGAAUUGAAUUAUUCCAAUGUGUUAUGCAGUCAUCACUUAGUAUGAGGACUCACACUUUGCUAUCUAGAAACUUGAAGGCAUUAUUCUAUAUGCCUGUCAAAAUACGUUUCACAUGUGUAUAUUAAGCUAUUGUUGGAGAGACUAUUUAAAGAUCUAUUUUUAGUAAAUAAUGUAAACUGUUAUUUUUUCGGGAUCUGAGCAUAGUAUUUGUAUUUGAAACAUAAAGCUGUUUUUUUAAAACCACAAUUGCUCCGUGUUUUUUUGUUUGUUGUCGCAAUGCAUUUAAAAAAUGACCAUUACAAAUCACUGAUGUGUUUACUCUCGUAAAGUAUGUAACGUCAUGCUUGUUCUGAAGCAGAUGGUUGGGUUAUCUUUAUUCAGACACGUCAUUGAGGGCUGAUAACCAUCAGUUACAUGUUGAUCCAUAAACAGCCACACAUGUAAAAGGCGAUGCAUCUCAACAGCUGGAACAAUGUGAGUGGGGAGAGAUCAGCUGUGGUCAAAGGGUGGGCUGCUGGUCUGUUUCAGGACCACGGACAGCAGCACACAGAAACAACUCCUGUUCCCUCCCUUUGAUGC